AUCAUCAAAGUUAAGUUUGUUGAAAAUAAAAAAGAAGAGAAAACAAGAUUUAGUUAAAAGCAAAACAAAAAGAAAGAAAUGGCAAAGAACCUCAACUCCGUCAGCUUCACCGUUCUCUUGCUUGUCCUCGUGAUGGCUUCAACCGCAUUCCUCAAGAGCGAGGCUAUUGACUGUCCUGGUGGAUGCUCAACGCCCAUUACACGUGUGUUCCUCGGGGAGUGCGAGCCUGCGCAUGGAACUACACAUAAUGAUUGCUGCAUCUGUUGUGUAACCAAAUACGGGAGUCCUCCAGUCUGUUGGGCGGCUAUUGAGGGAACGGACGAGCAUUGCCAUUGCUACACAAAGGCUAUAUAACCUUAUCUGAUUACCAAGUGUAACUUUUAUCCAUUCGGUGUGAGAAGACAUGACAUGUGUGUAUGUUUAUGUUCAAGUUUCGUUUGCUUCUAAAUAAAAACAUCAAGGGCAAAGCUUAUCAUUGCUUCUCCCUCUAGGUGUAAUAUCAUGUUCUGU